AUGCCAGAGAAGGACCCUCCUAUUGCCAAGCCAGUGGAGGUGCUGGAGUGCGCCAUUGACGACUCAGAUGAUGGUGACGACAGUUACGUGGAGGCCCAGCGUAGUCUCUGUGAACACAAGCAGAAGCGCAACCCUACGCCCCUCCGCGUCCAGGAAAUUGUUCCUUUCCACUUCAGCCCUCUUAUCCAGCCGCUGACAACCUCGAGUGUUGAAUCUUGCGUCGCUCUCGAGAAUGCCGCUUUCCCUAACCCCAACCAUCGGGCAACUAGAGAGAAGUUUGAGUAUCGCCUUUCGACAUGUUCCGAUAUCUGCACUGGUAUCUUCUGUAGCAUCGUCCCCAAGGAGGCUCAGGACUUCGCUCUUGAGACGCUCGCGGUUGCCAACCCGGUAGAGACUGGUCGUGCCAAUGGUGCAGUUCUUGCCCUGUGCGCCCACGUUGUCUCGACUCUCGGCAACGGUCCUGUCGUUACGGAUGCUGACAUGGGAUACCCUCUCAACUGGCGCGAUCAGGAGUCGCCCAACCCGUCGGGCCUUGGUCACCAAGUGAUGGGCCGCACUGUCUGCCUGCACUCAUUUGCUGUUGCACCUAAACUUCAGGGCUGCGGCCUGGGCAAGCUCAUGAUGAUGUCUUACCUCCAACAAAUCAACAAUUCGGGUAUUGCUGAUCGUGUUGCAUUGAUCUGCCAGGAUUACUUGGUUAGUUACUAUCGGCGAUUCGGUUUUCGGCAUGCUGGUAAGAGCAAGGCGUCUUUCGCGGGGGGUGGCUGGAAUGACAUGGUAAUUGACCUAGCCGGUCCUCCCAAGAAGAGCGCCGAAUCUCUCAAAUCAGUCGCGGAUGAGAGCCGUGCUCAUGCAAGUAAAUAG